AUGAAGUUUCACCGCCUCUUAGACACCUCAGAAUGGAGAAAGGUCCUCUGUGACCACGAUUUUCGAGUGCUCGGAGCUGGAAUAGAACGUAUGCUUACUCUUGCGCGACAGAGUAAAAAGUUGUACUGGUGGGAUGGAGAAGGAUUUAAGGUUAUGCAUUGUAAUCUUGAUGUUGGUGUUCUGGUGUCAGCUGGCUCAGGAAAAGAGGACAGAAAAGAUAUGUGCCGUUGGUGCGUUAUUAUCACAGUAGACGAGUUAGAAGAAUGCUUCUACUGGUCACAAAAGCGCCCAUCGAAAGGAUCCCAAAGACGUGUCCUCCGAGCCAAGAUUGAUAAACUAACACAAGUCCUGACAGUAUUUGACACAGUCCCUGGGCCUAAUGACUUGUGUAUUCGACAAGAGCACACAGACUCUGGACUGGAUGUAUUGUGGUGA